AUGAAUACUGACCAGAAGCCGAUUUCGAAAGUGAAGCGAAAAAGACGAGAUGAGGAGAAAUUCAGUAAAGAAGAGAAGGUCAAGAAAGAACGAAAUGAAGGCGUGAAAUCUGAGGUUACUUCACUGCGCGGACCAAAACACGAUCUUCCUGAUGUUCCUCCGUUGGAACCGUCGCGUUUGAUAAAACAUGAUACAGGUGCUUCCACCCUAAAUCCAAAAAAUAUGAGGAGUGAAUUCCAUAAAGAGAAAUUUGCUAUGAAAAAAAGAAAACUGGUUCAACGAUCUGAGAAGACUGCGCGAGCAGAGAUACUUAACAAAGAAGAGGAAGGGUUCAUAGAGGGAGACGAUGGAGAACCAACAUACGCAAUUAGGCAAGAUGAGAUCGCUGACGCCGUAGAUAUAGCGAACGCUAGUAAGUAUUUCGAGCUCCAUCUCGAAAAUUUUGGACCUUAUCGGGUGUCGUACACUGACAAUGGUCGCCACUUGUUACUUGGUGGGAAGAGAGGACAUAUUGCCUCUUUAGACUGGCAAACUAAGAAUCUUCAUUGUGAAACCAACGUAAUGGAGACUGUUCGUGACGUUCGGUGGAUGCACACAGAAAACAUAUACGCAGUUGCGCAAAGGCACUACACAUAUGUAUACGACAACCAAGGAACAGAACUACAUUGUGUGAAACAGCUGCAUGACAUCCGUCGACUUGAGUUCCUUCCCCGACAUUUCCUUCUUGUAGGAUCAUCUGGUACCGGUUGGUUGCACUGGCUAGAUGUCUCGAUUGGAAAAAUGGUGACAUCAUUCCCAUGUCGUUUGGGAUCAUUAAAUGUAAUGUGCCAGAAUCCUGGUAAUGCAAUAAUUCAUACCGGGCAUGAAAAUGGAACUGUAUGCUUAUGGUCCCCAAAUGUGAAGGAACCGUUGGUAAAAAUGCUUGCACACCAGUCAUCGAUCAGAGGCAUGGAUAUAGAUCAGACAGGAAAAUACAUGGUCACGACAGGGCUUGAUCGCAAAUGCAGAGUAUGGGAUGUGCGAAUGUAUAAACAAUUGCAUGCCUAUUCAUUAGCGUUCGGUUUAUCUCACGUAGCUGUCAGUCAACGUAUGGCAGUGGCUUGUGCAAUUGGAAACACUGUUCAGAUUUUCAAAGACAUGCAUCUGGGUAUCUGCCAUGAGCCGUACCUUGCACACCGUCUAAGCGGUCCUGUCUCCGACCUUGCUUUUGUACCUUACGAGGAUGUGCUUGGAGUUGGACAUGCAAAUGGAUUCACCAGCAUGCUCGUCCCAGGUUCUGGAGAGGCAAACGUUGAUGCUGUGAUGGCAAACCCUUACGAAACGAAGAAACAGCGAAGAGAACGGGAAGUCAAACAACUUCUUGAUAAGCUCCAACCUGAGCUUAUUGCCCUUGAUCCGCUAGACAUAACACGAGUAAAUGAAGACAUGCUAGAGAAAGAAAUGGAGGAUAGGAAAAAAAUUCUGUAUGUCCGUCCGGUACAAAUUGAAUACACUCCCAAGCACAAAAUGCGUGGCCGCGGUACUGGAGCACAUAAGGAACUUCGCAAAAAUAUGGUGAUUGAUGACGUAAGAAAAGACCGCGUCAAAGAGAAGAAAGAAGUGGAAAAAGAAGUGUUCGGAAAUGAAAAAGUGGAGAGUUCGAAACAGAAGCAGUUGCUCGACAGAUUCCGGAAGUAA